UUAAUAGAUUGUCAUCACAUGAUUAUGUAAGUUCCUUCUUAUAUCAUGGCUGGCAAUGACCGGAUCGGUGAUAAUCUUGCAUAAAGUAAACAAGAUUUCUAUACGUUAUUCAACAAGACGUACAUUGUAAGAGUAAAGCAACAGAAAUGACAGAAGUAGACCAACAGUUUACAGAGAUAAAACUCUCUGUACCUUGGGGUCAUAUUGCUGCCAGAACUUAUGGUUCUCCCACAAGAAAGCCAGUUUUAGUAGUACACGGUCGUCUAGAUAACGCAGGAUCGUUUACUAGAUUGAUAAAAUAUUUACCAAAAGAAUUAUUUUAUUAUGUAUGCAUAGAUUUACCUGGCCAUGGAUGGUCAUCACAUUUUCCAUCUUGGAUGAUAUUAGAUAUUAUUGAUUAUGCACAUGCAUUAUAUUUUAUCUUAGAAGCGCUUCAAUGGAAAACAUUUAUUUAUAUAGGACACAGUUUGGGAGCACAAAUAGGUAUAAUAUUCAGUACUUUUCACCCAAACAGAAUCGAGAAGUUAAUUUCUUUUGAUGGGCUUCUUAUGAAUCCUACAAAUAACGAAUUUGUAACUUAUGUUAAGAAUGCAUCUGCAUUCUCAGUAAAAGCUUAUCAUAAAGAAAAAUCGUUGUCUUUUACUAAAGAAGAAAUAUUACAUGCUCUUAAGACUAUGAGGAUUGGAAGUUUGAAUUCUGAAGCUGCUGAUGCAUUGUUUGAGCGAGCAGUUACAGUAUUAGAAGUAAAUGGAAAGUAUAUCUAUAACAGAGAUAUACGAUUAAAAAAUUACCCUUUUUCAUUUCUACAGAUAAAUGAAUGUCAGAAGUUUAACGGGAUGCUUUCAGUUCCAAUAUACCUCUUCAUUUCAACUGACGGUAUUAUUUUUCCACAUAAAAAAAUUUUUAUGUCACUAUUGGAAACAAUAAAGGCUAAAACCAUGUUAGAAGUAAUUCAUAUAGAUGGAAAUCAUGACGUUCAUAAUAAUAAUCCUGAAAAAGUUGCGCCAUUUAUAUGUAAAAUAUUAAAUAAUGACUAUUCUAGCAAACUAUAGACAAGUGUGUGCAUGCAUGCAUGCACACAUAUACACAAUGCAUGCACACACAUGUAUUCUU